UUUUUUUUUUCCUCAAAUAACAUAAUUUAUGAUUAUUGAAGAUGGUGUCUUGAAUGUCGGUUACUUUGAUCCACUUUAAAGUUAAACAGUUAACACAAUUUUAUUCUUUGAUUUUUUUUUUAAUUCAAUUUUAUUCUUUGAUAUAUUUUUUUUAGUUGAGUUCAAAGAUCUUUGAAAUCGAGAGGGAGCUUGAGCAAAGCACAGCAGUGAAGGGAAAUGAAGUUAAUUUGGAGGCUAUGGUCUCUUAACAAGCACAACCAUUGGCUAUUCAAGCUAGCAGUUGCCAUUCUCUUGAUGGGUCUUUCUUUUAGGCUCUUCUUCUAUCAAUCUACGACAUUUGAACCCAAUUUCGAGCACCCUUUUCUUGAUAAAACACAAGUGCCAAAGCCACCUCUUUCUGCUGAUAUUCCGAAGACACCGGUUGCUGUUGAUAUUCCAAAGCCACCGGUUUCUGUUGAUGUGCCAGAACCUGAAGAUGAGGAGGCGCCUAAAAAUGAACUUGAUGCAGGAAAGUGUGAUCUUUCUGUUGGGGAUUGGAUUCCCAACCCGUCUGGCGCAAUUUACACAAAUGCUAGCUGCCCUUUGAUUGAAGGUCACCAGAAUUGUAUGAGGAAUGGGCGACCAGAUUCAGGUUAUCUAUUCUGGAGGUGGAAGCCACGAGAUUGUGAAUUACCUCCAUUUGAUGCACAAAGAUUUCUUCAAUUAAUGAGGAAUAAAGCAUGGGCAUUGAUUGGUGAUUCAAUAUCUCGCAACCAUGUGCAGUCUUUGCUAUGCAUGCUGUCUUCAGUUGAGCAAGCAGUUGAAGUUUAUCAUGAUAAGGAAUACAAAUCAAAAAGAUGGCACUUUCCUUCCUACAACUUUACCAUAUCAAAUAUUUGGUCCCCUUUCCUUGUGGAUGCAGCAAUCUUUGAAGAUAAUAAUGGCGUUUCAACAGCUGAAGUUCAGCUGCAGCUUGACAAACUUGAUGAGAAAUGGACAAAUUUGUACCAGAAUAUAGACUACGCCAUUAUCUCAACUGGAAAAUGGUUCCUCAAGGCUGCAAUCUAUCAUGAGAAUGACACAGUCGUGGGCUGCCAUAUAUGUCCUGGAAAGAACUUUACAGAGAAGGGAUUUGUAUUUGCUUACGAGAAAGCCCUCCAUUAUGCGAUGGACUUCAUUGCAACAUCCAAACACAAAGGGCUGAUCUUCUUUAGGACGUCAACUCCUGAUCAUUUUGAGAAUGGAGAAUGGCAUAAUGGAGGGACUUGUCUAAAAACAACGCCUGCUAAAGAGGGUGAGAUGGAAUUGAAGGACUUGAACAGGAUUCUGCGCGACACUGAAUUAGCAGAAUUCGAGAAGGCAUCUGCAAAAGCGGCUGACAGUGGAGUAAAUCUUAAACUUCUUGACUUCACAAAUCUUUUACUAUCAAGGCCUGAUGGGCAUCCAGGUCCAUACAGACAGUUCCAUCCAUUUGCUGAGGACAAAAACGCCACAGUUCAGAAUGACUGUCUGCAUUGGUGUUUGCCUGGGCCAAUUGACUACUGGAAUGAUGUUAUAAUGGAGAUGAUAUUUAAUAGUUGAGAAAAUCAGUAAGAGUUAUGAGAACUAAACCUGCUGCCUUGCAAACACUGGUGAUGUUUCCCCAUUGAAGUCAGGGAUUAAUGGCGGCUUCCUAGUUCCUGUCCUGUGAAUCUGGCACUGGCACCACCAAACUCCAUUAUUGCUUCUUCCUUUAGAUGCUAGAGGUUGUCUUUCUCCAGGGUUCAUAUGUUACAUACAGUGGAUUUUCGCCAUUCAAUAUACAUACCAUUUGUGACUCAAGAGACGGGGGUAGAUGGUUAAGAUUUACUGUAAACGUAUAAUCCAUGUUAUUUAUUAUAUAUCAUGUAAUUAUAUUA